GUUUCACGUCAGAAGAUGACGACUUCAAUUGUUCUGUUUUUAAGAACGUUGCUCUGUCUCUCAUACAACAAGGAAACCGUUUGCAGAUAUCUUUCUGGCAUUCAAGACUUGGUAUUCGAGAACAUGAAGGUCACAGGAAUUACACUGCUUAUUUGCCUCUUACCGGCUGCUUUAUGUUGGGAGUUCCCAGGAUACCCUGGCGUCGACUGUCCCACUGCCCGAGAGAAAAUGCCGCUUCCUCACAAUGGAUGGAUGAUCCCCAAGUGCAACAAAGACGGCACUUACCAGGACAUGCAGUGCUUCGACGUUGAAGACCCCGACGCAUGCAUGUGCACCUACAAAGAUGGAACUCCCAUAACUCUUCCAGGGUUUGGCCUGAAUAUCACUUCUUGUGUCUGCCCCGUUGUAGCUUAUGAUCGAUAUCUCUUGGACAAAGAAGAAGAAGAAAUAAUGGACUGCGAGAACUAUGGCUACUUUAAGUCCCUCCAGUGCAGUAAGAAGACCGGAGAAUGCUGGUGCGUGACCAGAUAUGGGAACGUCAUAGCACCUCCUUCCAAAGAGAGGAAAACGUGUGACGACGUCGCUGACAAAUAUUAGUCACAAACUACCUAUGCCUGAUAUUGAAUAAAAUAUCUUCACUACAAAAUUGA